UUUGGUCUGUUUUGGUCUCUGGGACCCCAUUUCAUUCCCAUCCACUUCCUUCCCUCUUUUCUUCCUCUCUUCCUCUUCUCUUCUUCUUUUUCUUUUCUUUUCUCUUCUCUUACCUCUCUCAAUCAUUCCAAUACUAAGGUAUCUCUGAUCCAUUUCAGGGUAUUUUAUUUUUUCCCCUUCCCCUCCCACUUUCCUCACCGUUUGUUAUUACCUCUUCUCUUCAUCUCCCUCUCUCUCCCUCUCUUCCUUCCUCUCUCUCCCCUCCAUUUCUCUCCACCAUAAUCUCCCCCAAUUCCAUAUCGACAACAUGAGAGAGGUUAUUAGUUUGAACGUCGGCCAGGCUGGUUGCCAGAUCGCCAAUUCCUGCUGGGAGCUCUACUGUCUCGAGCACGGUAUCCAGCCCGAUGGAUACUUGACCGAGGAACGCAAGAAGGGUGAUCCCGACCAUGGCUUCAGCACUUUCUUCUCCGAGACUGGUCAGGGCAAAUAUGUCCCUCGCACCAUCUACGCCGAUCUCGAGCCCAACGUGGUCGAUGAGGUCCGCACCGGCACCUACCGCUCCCUUUUCCACCCCGAGAACAUGAUCACCGGCAAGGAGGAUGCCUCCAACAACUACGCCCGUGGUCACUACACCGUGGGCAAGGAGAUGAUCGAGCAGGUCCUCGACAAGGUCCGCCGUGUCGCCGACAACUGCGCCGGUCUCCAGGGCUUCCUCGUCUUCCACUCCUUCGGUGGUGGUACCGGCUCCGGCUUCGGCGCCCUCCUCAUGGAGCGUCUCUCCGUCGACUACGGCAAGAAGUCCAAGCUCGAGUUCUGCGUCUACCCGGCCCCCCAGAACGCCACCUCCGUCGUCGAGCCCUACAACUCCAUCCUCACCACCCACACCACCCUGGAGCACUCCGACUGCUCCUUCAUGGUCGACAACGAGGCCAUCUACGACAUCUGCCGCCGCAACCUCGGCAUCGAGCGCCCCAGCUACGAGAACCUGAACCGCCUCAUUGCCCAGGUCGUCUCGUCCAUUACCGCCUCCCUGCGUUUCGACGGCUCCCUCAACGUCGACCUCAACGAGUUCCAGACCAACCUGGUCCCCUACCCCCGCAUCCACUUCCCCCUCGUGGCCUACGCCCCCGUCAUCUCCGCCGACAAGGCCUCCCACGAGGCCAACUCCGUCAGCGAGAUCACCACCGCCUGCUUCGAGCCCAACAACCAGAUGGUCAAGUGCGACCCCCGCAACGGCAAGUACAUGGCCACCUGUCUGCUCUACCGCGGCGACGUCGUCCCCAAGGACACCCACGGCGCCGUUGCCACCCUCAAGACCAAGCGCACCAUCCAGUUUGUCGACUGGUGCCCCACUGGCUUCAAGAUCGGUAUCUGCUACCAGCCCCCGCAGUCCGUGCCCAACGGCGAUCUUGCCAAGCUCGACCGCGCCGUGUGCAUGCUGUCCAACACCACCGCCAUCUCCGAGGCCUGGUCCGCCCUCGACCACAAGUUCGACCUCAUGUACUCCAAGCGUGCCUUCGUCCACUGGUACGUCGGUGAGGGUAUGGAGGAAGGUGAGUUCUCCGAGGCUCGUGAGGAUCUCGCGGCCCUGGAGCGUGACUACGAGGAGGUGGCCAGCGACUCGCUGGAGGAGGAGAUGGAGCCCGAGUACUAAGCGUCCGCGUCGACGGGUCGAUCUCCUGACUGGGCCACCUAGACGGAAUGGGUCCGAGGGAUCGAUCGUGGGCGUCGCGUCCCUUGCAAAUAGGAAGAGAGAAAAUUGGCUUAGCAAGACUCUGAUUUCUUUGUCUGAUAUAUUUUUAAUAUCCCUGGAAUCCGCGAUGAAUUUACCGCUCGUUGAUCAUUUUUUCUUCUUUUUCCGUUAUUUAUUAUUUCUGUAAUCGAUGUUUUUGCGUUCUGUGAUUAGUGGAUUCAUUGAGGGAGAGACGGGAUGAACAUGAAUACACCGUGGGGAAAUCCCAUUAUUUUAGA